GGCCGUCAUCCUGAAUGUGUAGAUACAAAAUUUGUUUUAUUAUUUUUGUUUGUUUAUAUUCAUAUACACAUUUAUAUGACUAAUAUAGGAUAAAAAAGAAUUAACGUUGAUCGUUAUACAACGCACAGUACACAGGAACGAAUUUUUUUGAUAUUAGCAAGAUGAUGAUUCAUUAUAUUGUUGAUUAAUUAUCAUCAUCAAUUAUCAUAGUGUCCUGUCCUUGGUCUCUUGUAAGCACACAAAGAAUAGGAACUUAUCUCUGAUUUCUUAAUACAAUUUCCAACUUUCAACUAGUCAUUUAAUGUAAUUCAAUUCAUCUCAGACGAAUAGGGUAUAUAAAUAUAGUAAUAGUAACCAUGACUUGGGUAGAAUUUGAUCAGCUUAAAACUCUUAUAGAAGUACCUGCUUUUUUGUCACUUUUCAGUGUAAUGGUACAAAUUCCUGUUUUUACAAAUCUAGUUUUAUAUCGAACCUGCUACGUUACUCUAGGAUAUAAUGAAUCUGAUUGUGCACUAUUGGGAACAGGUCAUAAAGAUAAUUUCACCAAUAAUCUCACACAACUAGUGGAACCUGAUGCUAAUAAUUUAAAUCUCUAUAUACAAUUGCCUGCUGGAUUUAUUUGUUCAUUUAUGGGACUUUAUGUAGGAACUUGGUCUGAUCGGAAUGGCAGAAAACCCUUACUACUUUCAACACUUGGGGCACAAGCUUUAGGUUUUGCAAUGACCGCUGUAUUCUGUUUACUUCCGAAUUUGUCGCCCUGGUAUCUUAUUUUGACUGUAUUACCGACACUAGCAACUGGCGGAUUUGCAGCUAUGCUGACCUUAUAUCUGAGUUAUAUUACAGAUAUUUCCGAUGAACAUAGUAGAGGUACAAGACUAGGUUCAUUUGAAAUUACUUUUGCUUUGGGUUCUUUACUUGGAACAUUGGCUAGUUCAUACAUAUUCCAAAGAAUUGGUUAUGCUGGUGUAUAUUUAGUUUCAACAGGAUUCUUGAUGACAUCAUUUUGUUUCACACUGUUUAUUUUGAAGGAAUCCCUAAGUGAAAGUCGAAAGGAGGUGUUAAACCAGGAACGGGAACAAUCUUUCACGGAACAACUGAAAUCGAUGACAGAGUGUGCUCUAAAGAAACGGCCCCACUAUGAGAGGGCACUCAUUCUACUUUGCCUUGUAAUAACAUCACUUUUUGUCUUUGCUCUGAUAUCAGACGUGGGAAUAAUAUAUCUAUUCCUACAAGUCAAGUUUGGUUGGUCCCUUGAAAAAUUCACAGUUUUCUCCAGCACAAGAGAUUUUUUGAGUAUUGUCGGCACUUUCUUUGGAAUAUAUGGGCUCCAUAAAAAAUUGGACGUCAAUGAAACAGUUCUAAUUCUUGUGGGCCUGAUUUCCUGUUUUAGUUCUUCCCUAGUCCAAGGACUGGCAAAUGCUGAUAUUCACAUUUAUUUUGCUGGAGCAUUGAGGUUCUUGUCUGGAUGUGUGAAUCCAAUGGUGAGAUCUCUGAUUUCUAAAAUAGCAAGGCCUGAUGAGAUCGGAAAAAUCUUCUCAGUUGCAGUUAUGUGUCAGAGUAUAUUGCAACUUGUAGGUUCACCUCUUUAUACAAAAAUUUACAACGAUAGCUUGAGCACAUGGCCAUCAUUUUAUAAUUUCGUGACAGCUGGAGUAUACUUCUUCGCUCUGAUUUUGACUAUAAUUUUGAUAAUUGUGCGACUGAAGUCCACAAGAGAACCAAGGUUCCAAGUUCUUGAAGAAGAUGCAACUUCAGAGAUAUUCAAUGAUGAGAAUGACAAUGCUUGAUUUUUUUAUUGAAUUUAACUAGAUAAUAUCCAUCUAUGAAACUGAGUAACUGAAAUACCUGUAUAAAUAUCCUGAAGUUUGAAUCACCUGUGAUACUAAGACUGAACCAAAUUCAGUUAUUUUUGAAAAAAAUGUACUUCUUGUCGAAAUUCACAUUUUCAUAGUGUUUCAAGAAUAAUGGUUAUCAAGAAUUUCAAGGUUCAUAAUUUGCGAAAGGGCAUAAAAUCAGUGAUAAAAAUAUUUUUUAACGAAUUUACUAGACAAAUUUUUCUUUUGUGUAUAUAAUGUUACCAAACUUGAAUAAUAUUUUAUGGAAAAUCUUAUAAAAUAUGUUGGAAUUGAGAACGCUAUUUCUUGAAAAAUUCCACCUUUUGUAUUGUGUUUACGUUGUCACACAAAUUUGCAUUUUUUCAAAUAUUUUAUAAUCUUAAGAAUCUUAACAUUGAAAAUCUUACUCAAUGCUACCUAUCAGAAAUGGAAACUUCCAUUUCAAAGAAAUAUAUCUUUAUUUUUUUAAUAACCAUUUUACAGUUCAUCAGGUAUAAUGAUUAAUAUUAUAUAAAAAUUGUACUUAUACAUAAAUAAAUUUUCCUAAUUUUU